AUGCCGAAGCGCAAGCUCUCCGAUCCAAACGGUCCUUCCUCGUCCGACACCCGCAAGCUUUCGAUGAAAGCCGUGCGACUGACGAACAAGUUCGACCAAAGCGUACAAAUCAUAAUCAAAGGAAUGAAAACUGCCCGGGGAUUCGAGAGACAAAAGCUCAGCCGCCGCGAAAAGACAGCUCGCAAGCCAUAUGACUCGAUAACCUUGGCGCGGCUGGCGGAGGAAGUGGAUGCAUUGAAGAAACUCGAUUACCAAAAUACCGCCGAACGAUACCUGUACAAGCAGCUUUCAAGAACCAAGCGCAUUGCAGAGCACUCCACUUUCAAAGAAUUUUCAGAGGCAAAGAAUAUUACCACCCAGGGACCCAAGAGUACUGCGGAGGCCAAUAUCCUGGCGCGACUAUUCAAAGCCACCCCGGUGAAGAAUGUGGUGACUACAAUCUUGUCUGAAAUUCGGAAACUGCUGGGAAUAGAGGAUCUUCCUGCUGGAAAGCAAGACACAAUCAAAGCUAAGGAUGCGACCACGAAAGAGAAGUCCGAGAAGCCCGCGCGCAAACAAAAGCAGGAAUCUGUAUCUGGUUCCGAGUCCGGAAACGAAGACUUGCGGGUCUCUCGGGCUGGCGAUAUGGAUAUAUCAGGUGACGACGACUCCGGAGUUGAAGAUUUCUCCCAAUUCGAUGCGCGGUUGGGUCCAGGUUCUGGAUCCGAAGGAGAGGAAUCAGAUGACGAGCAGGAUGCGAAUGACGACCGCCUUGCCGAUGAUAUCUCCGACUCUGUAUCUCGUUCACCAUCUCCAGACUUCUCACCCGACGAAUCCUCACCACCACCCAAGAAAGCCAAGGCAAGCAAGGCUCCAGCACAGACUACAACAUUCCUCCCAUCUCUCAUGAAUGGCGGUUACUGGUCUGGCUCCGAAGAAGAAGCCUCAGAUGUCGAAAAGGUUGCUGCUCCACCUGUGCGCAAGAACCGUAUGGGUCAACAAGCGCGCCGUGCGCUGUGGGAGAAGAAGUACGGUGAAAAGGCGAACCACGUGCAGGCAGAACAGCAGAACCAAAAACGCAACAGAGAUAAUGGAUGGGAUUCCAAGAGGGGGGCCACUGGUGCUGCGGGCGGUGCUGGAGGUUAUCGGGGUGGACGUGGUGCCGCUAGUGGUGAGCCUGCCAGGCCGUCAAAUCGACAGGAACGUCGUGCCGCUGGCGAUUUCUCUAGUCACAAGGACAAGAUCCAUGCGGAUAACACGGGACCUCUUCACCCUUCGUGGGAAGCAAAGCUCAAGCAGAAGGAACAGUCUGCUGCUGUUUUCUCAGGAAAGAAGGUUACAUUCGAUUAG